UGUACCUUUUAAGUAUACUAUAGCUACCUUCGUUCACACGGGCUUAUUAAUAUAUCACAUUUGUUGAACCAACUAGUUACAAUUCAUCAAGAAUGAAGGGGCCGUCUCGUGCACCUCGAGUUGCUAUUGUCGGCGGGAGUAUCACGGGUAUGGCAUGUUCUUGGGAAUUGCAGAAACACGAUUGCACCGUGGAAAUCUACGAGACUCACCGCAAGCUCGGUGGACAUGCUAACUCGGUACCAUUCGAGGGCAAUGGGAGGACUGUAAACGUCGACAGUGGUUUCAUCGCAAUGGAUGAAGCCUCAUAUCGUAGGUCAUAAGUCUAGCGUCAUGUGUCCCGCUUUCAAAAAUCAACUAAGUGUUAAUAUGUAUUCGAAGAGGUUCAUAAGUUACUUCCUGAUUCCAAUGGUAGCUGCUCCAUGGUGUACCGACCCGGAGGAGUUCGCUCGCACGUUUCCCGCCAAGUUCCUCAUUCAAUUCAUGCUACAACGCGGUCUACUAGAUGCCGUAGUGAAAAGACUUGGAUGGCGUUCUUUUCGAAAUGGGUCGCAGACUUACAUCGAGGCAUUCCAACGUAGCCUCCCACCUUGUCACCGACUACACUUACAUACUCCGGUACAUAGGGUAGUGCGGACUGGCAAAAAGAUGACACUCAUUUUUGCAGACAAGUCUAGAGAGACAUUCGACCGUGUAGUCCUUGCUCAGUGCAGAGUACCCACGUUUUCUACCACCCGCUCAUUAGUUCAGAGAGUAUCCUCAUGUCUCGUCACAUUCACUUAAUCAACGGCGUUUCGGGUAUCGCGUUUGCCGGUGCCUGGAUGGGGUUUGGGUUCCGCGAGGACGGUUUUAGAGCCAGU